CGACGACGACGGUGGUGACGAGCAGAGCCAGGGGGAGGAGGAGGCUGCACAGGCGCCGCCGCCGCCAUUUUGUGAGGCGGGUCGUGUGGCCCGGCAGCUGCGUUAGGGGUAAAUCCCGUCCUCAUCCGCUUCUUGCGGUAGGGAAGCGUUGGCCAGUGAUAAUUUAGAUCCCACUUCUUAUGACGUACUGGAAUGGCAGCCACCCACUGAAGAGCCUGGCAUUAGGAGAUUCCUGAAACGCUUGCACUUCGCAGAUAGCAAUGGACUAUGAGAGGAGAGGUGGUCGUGGGGAUCGGACAGGUCGGUAUGGUGCAGUUGACCAGAGCCAGGAUGAAGGCUCAGAAGGUCGGAACCAGAGGGACCACGACUACAGAGAUAUGGAUUAUCGCUCCUACAUGCGAGAUUUCAACAGCCAGGAGGCUACCAAUGACUAUGAUGAUUCUUCUGAGGAACACAGUGUGGAGGAUUCCUACGAGGCCUCCUCUGGAUCAGAGACACAGCGUAGAAAACGAGACAGCCCCAGUGAGCAGCUAGGAUUUCCUGGUGAUGGCGACUACCGGGACCAGGACUACCGAACUGAGCAAGAAGAGGAAGAACAGAAAGCUAGCAGUAUCAUCAUGCUGAGGAUGUUGCCCCAAUCUGCCACUGAGAAUGAUAUCCGGGCCCAGCUGCAGGCACAUGGAUUCCAGCCCCGUGAGGUGCGGCUGAUGCGGAAUAAAGCCUCAGGUCAGAGCCGGGGCUUCGCCUUCGUCGAGUUUAAUCACUUGCAGGACGCUACACGAUGGAUGGAAGCCAAUCAGCAUUCCCUCACCAUCCUUGGCCAGAAGGUCUCCAUGCACUACAGUGACCCUAAACCCAAGAUCAAUGAGGACUGGCUCUGCAGUAAGUGUGGAGUGCAGAAUUUCAAGCGCAGAGAGAAGUGCUUCAAGUGUGGCAUUCCCAGAUCUGAAGCUGAGCAGAAGCUACCCCCUGGUAGUCGCUUGGACCAGCUAGUAGCUUUGUCAGGGCGUGAACUCAGCCAAGGCCUUCUGCCCCUCCCGCAGCCAUACCAGGUGUCGGCAGCCCUGUCAACUCAGCCAGUGGCCCAGAUGUCUGAACCUUGUGCAGAGAAUGCUAAUGACACCAUCAUCUUGCGGAAUCUGAAUCCUCAUAGUACGAUGGACUCCAUUUUAAGUGCCUUGGCACCAUAUGCUGUUCUCUCGUCAUCGAACGUCCGUGUUAUCAAAGACAAGCAGACACAACUCAACCGUGGUUUUGCUUUCAUUCAGCUCUCCACCAUUGUGGAGGCAGCUCAGUUGCUGCAGAUCCUCCAAGCCCUGCAUCCACCAUUGAACAUUGAUGGCAAGACAAUUAAUGUGGAGUUUGCCAAAGGUUCCAAGCGGGACAUGAGUUCAUCAGAUGGCAACCGAAUCAGUGCUGCUUCUGUAGCCAGCACUGCCAUUGCAGCUGCACAGUGGGCUAUCUCACAGGCAUCACAGGGUGGUGAGGCAGCUUGGGCUGCUCAGGACGAGCAGACUGUAGAUUAUGGUUACUACCAGCAGGAUGAGGCCUAUGGCGCUCAGGGAUUGGAGGCCACUAUGUAUUCGCAAGCCUAUUUGAAAGGCUCCCAAUCACAGACUGGUACAUCUGGGGCAGUGGCUGUUGGGAAGGCUGACAAAAUUCAUGGCGAGGGCUCGGCGGGAGCCGAGGCAUCUCUGGAGCCUGGUGUGCCGGGCAUAGACCCUGUACCUGUCCUUCCGGCUUUCUCCCGUACCAGCCAGACUGCUGCUGUAUCAGUCGCAUACCAGCCAACCGGCAGUACCGAAGGGUCGGGUUCUGCCCAGGGAAAUGCUGCUACUGCUCAGUCAUAUACCAUAGUCUCACCGGCUGUGCUGAAGCCUGAUGUGCCUAAUGCUGCUCAGUCCUCCGGUGCAACUCCAUGUAUAUCCUCCAGCACUUCCAACCUGCCUAUUACCAGCUCUGUAGGGCAAGAACCUUACACACAAUAUCCUGUCCCUGAUGUAUCCACAUAUCAGUAUGAUGAAAGCUCUGGCUACUACUACGAUCCCCUGACUGGUCUUUACUAUGACCCUAACUCCCAGUAUUACUACAAUGCCCACACGCAGCAGUAUCUGUACUGGGAAGGUGAGCGGCGGACUUACGUACCAGCUUCAGACCAGGCAUCUGACAGCCACAAGGAUGGCAGCAGUUCAGGGGGUGGCAGUGGCAAAGAGGGUAAAGAGAAGAAGGAGAAACAUAAAACAAAAACAGCCCAGCAGAUUGCAAAGGAUAUGGAGCGCUGGGCCCGUAGCCUCAACAAGCAGAAGGAGAACUUCAAAAACAGCUUCCAGCCAGUCUCCUCCAUACGAGAGGAUGAAAGGCGGGAGUCAGCUACCGCUGAUGCUGGCUAUGCCAUCCUUGAAAAAAAGGGGGCAUUGGCUGAGAGGCAGCAUGGUGGCAUGGACCUGUCGAAGUUUGCUGGUGAUGACAGGCUGAGCCCACCCCGAGGGUUAGUGGCGGCUUACAGUGGUGAGAGUGACAGUGAAGAGGAGCAGGAGAAGGCUGCUGAUCGGGAAGAGAAAUUGACCGAUUGGCACAAGCUGGCUUGCCUGCUCUGUCGUAGACAAUUUCCCAGCAAGGAGGCACUUAUUCGUCACCAACAGCUCUCAGGAUUGCACAAGCAAAAUUUAGAAAUUCAUCGGCGGGCACACUUGUCAGAGCAGGAGCUUGAGGCACUUGAAAAAAACGACAUAGAGCAUAUGAAAUAUCGCGAUCGUGCAGCCGAGCGGAGGGAGAAGUAUGGUGUCCCUGAGCCCCCAGAACCCAAGAAGAGGAAGUAUUCAGCUGUAACACCAGCCACUGUGGAUUUUGAACAACCGACACGAGACGGGCUUGGCAGUGACAAUAUUGGCAGCCGCAUGCUACAGGCCAUGGGCUGGAAAGAGGGCAGUGGGCUAGGGCGCAAGAAACAGGGUAUCGUCGCCCCCAUUGAGGCCCCAACACGGGUACGUGGAUCUGGUCUAGGUGCACGUGGCAGCUCUUAUGGGGCUGUGGCAUCAGAAUCCUACCGUGAGGCAUUGCACAAGACAAUGCUAACUCGUUUCAAUGAGUCAGACUGAGAGCGAGCUCUGUGAGGAGCACCCACCUGUACAGUAUUUUGCUGCUGACUGUUUCCCUCCACCCAACUUUCACACAAUGUUCCUUUGGUUGACUUUUUUUUAAAAUUAAAUGUUAAAAUGGACAAGAGGAUUGUACAUCAAGUGCACCCCUGGCCCUCAUGCAAUUGUCAAACA